CAGUUUUUCCUUCACCCUACCAAGAGCAACGAUUUUGAAGCGAAGUAUAAUUUGGAGCGUUCCAGAUGUCACAGAAAUCCAAAGAACUACAUGGAGGAUAAAAUAAGUAGGUUCAUACUUUCCAUUUAAUAUCGGUUCGUUUAUUUUAAUGCUCCGUCAUGAAAAGAGGCAACUUAAAUCGAAUUUAACUUGCGCAGCUGGUGGUGUUGUAUGCCCUGGGAAGAAGAGAAGGCGGCAGUGCCGCUCCAGAAAGCUUCAACAAAACACACGGCAACGCAGGUUAAAUGUAAUGAAUCUGAUAAAACGAUGAAAGAUGCUUUGCUAUUAAUGCUAUCUCGAACUAAAGACGUUAACUAUUCGUCGCUUAGAGAAAAGCAAAGAGGAGAAAAUACACGGGAAGAAUACGUUUAGCGAAAGAACAAGGGAACUCCUCUAAUUUUCGCGCGGCAACCUUUUGGCUUAUGUUCACUGAAAGAGAUCCAGCCUGAGUUGGCACCGGCUGAAAUAACGAACGCUACCGAUUUUGUGUGUCAUUGGCCAAAAUGAUUGUGGCUCUGAGUAUUCAAACUAACAUUCUCAAGGUAUCCCCGAUGGUCCCUAACAUUUGCACUACAACCUGUGUUUUGCCUAUAAAACCAAGCUUAAAGACCCUUUUUUCAUCUUUUGCAACCGAUCAUAUGGAGAAGAUGAGAGGUCUGGGUUGAGAUCAGGCAUGUGGUACCCAGAGCUCUCACGGUCGCUAAUACAAUCGGGCAGAACCUUGCACACAGAAAGAGGCGGGGUCUGAGUAAAGUGAUAAACUAUAGGUAGCGGCUUUAAUAUCACUACAUGAGUUGAUAUUUUUUCUAAGAGAGCCGUCAAUGACACGUUCUGAAUGCACAUUUGUUACUUCGGAAUUAAAUAUGUAAAAGUUGGGUCUCGUUUUUGUCUUUCAAUAUAAUUGUAAUUCAAUACAAUCUUUCAGAUAUUACAAAGUGCAAUGUUUCGUUUUCUGGUGCCUGCUGGCCAGAAAUAACUGCAGGCUCCACAUUUAUCCAGCCAUGUCCCUCGCUGUUCUUUACAACUGGAGGUAAGCUAUCAAAAUGAAAUAUUGUCAUAGUUUUCACUAUGUCUGCCUCCGCCGUCUGAUGAUAUGAAAUUUUGAUUAUUGAAAUAAUUCGAACAGGUUUGAGGGAGAUUUUCUCAUGGAGCUUGUAGGCUGUGACUUUUAUUUUUCAAGAGAUCAAAGUAAUGAAAAGUACUCACAUCAGCAAUUUCUCUGACAGCGAAACGAAGCGUAGUAAAGAGACAUCGUAGAGGUUACCCUCAACACUUUGCGUCCCCUGCUAAGAAAUUACCCGACACGACUAGUUAAGAAAUAAUGAUUACUAGGUACGACUAUUUAAAGCGCGCCUAGUUCGUUCAAAUCGGGAUAAUUUCAAACUCUACAUCAACAUGUUUUCUUUUCCUUAUAUGUUCGUUCAUAACAUCGGGGAUAAUUUCAAACGGUUUCUGGUCUACAUAAAUUUUCACUGCCUGAGUUUUCAAUAUUAUUUCUAUUGUAGUUGUUUUUGUUGUUGCUGUUAUUGUUCUCUGUUUUAUUUUCCUAUUCCUCCUUUGCUCAUGCGUAGGUCUCAUUCAUCGCCGUUGUAAUGCCAGUGGUCAUUGGGAAAGGAUGAAUAUUAGCCAGUGUCGCAAAUUGGAGUCAAGCCAAGUCCUCAAUAACAUGAAAGAGUCCUCCUGUGACCUCUUGAACACUACGGUAAUCCGUCAAUAAUGUUACGUAACAUAUGAAUAGCUAAACUGUAACUGAAGGUAAAAGUGCUGGCAUCCCUGGGAUGUAAAAUGAUCGUUGACAGUCACUGACUAUUUAGUAAAGCAAAGGGCCGAAACAAUAAAAAAGGAAAAGAAAAACAAAGGGGCCUUUGAUACGAAACUCCUCGUUUUAGUAAGAAAUGUUAUGCUCUUGAUCUUGUUUCGAAAAUGAGGGAACUCGGAAAGGGCAAAUUUUAGUCUAUGCACAUUAAUUCGAUUGAUUGAACCAUCCAAAUACAAUGAUGCGUGCUUGUGUAAAGCGCUGGUUUUGUCAACCGAAACAUUGUUCAUUGACCCCAUUAACCCAAUACAGUUUCUUGAACCCAAAGAUAACUGUGAUCCAACACUGAAAGAACUGUUGCGUCUUAUUUCAGAUUUCAGAAGACAAUGACUUCGUAGUUGCAGAACAUUUUCUUACAUCUUCCCACUGCGAAAUUUAAUUUGUUUUAUUUUUUGUUUUAAGUUUUCAAAUAACCUUAACAUUUUUUACCUCGUCUCUCGAACACAGUGUUUCCAGCCAGGAGAAGCCUCCACAAUGGAAUUAUAUCAGCUGUACAUCAACGAAGGUCGCGUGUUCGUGGUAUUCAGUUGGAUUUCUGUAUCAAUCAUGCUGCCAUCAAUGAUCAUUCUAAUUGUUUGCAGGUACUUAAUCAAUUUGACUUGGUUAAAACUGGCUCUUUUAAUUCAUAUUUUUAUAUAUCAAUUCAUUCCUUCGUCGAUUCUCAUCAAUUCGUCCAUUCGCCCAUUCGCUCUCUCGUCCAAUCGUGCAUUCUUUCGUUCGUCCAUUAAUCAACACAUUCGUAUGUCUGUCCGUUCGUUCUUCGUUCUUACAACAGUACAUCCAUUCAUUCAUUCAUUCAUUCAUUCAUUUAUUUAUUGUGUGUUCAUUCGUCUAUUCCUCCAUUUAUCCUUUCGUCCUUACUCAUCCAUUCAUUCAAUCCUUCAUUUAUUUACUUCUUUGCUCCAUUGAAAAUCUGUAUGCAAAGAAAAAUUCGCUAAAUUACCCAUCCAGUUUUUGGUUCCCAAACAAUUCUUGAUCGUAAUUCUUAUGAUAUUUUAUUAGUCAAGCGUUUAUUCUUUCUUCUCCUUGUGAUAUAUAUCUUCUUCAGCAGAGAUACAAACCAACAAGAUCGAUUCUUACUUCAUAAAAAUCUACUGACGGCCUUCAUAUUGCGAACUGUUACCUACUUCAUCGAUUAUUAUACUUAUCUCACUCUGACAGACUCUCUGCAAGUAGGUUGUAUUAUGAUAAAAAAUAACUUAUUUUUGGUUAAAGUUUAUGAUUUAUUUUUAUCACUUUAAAAUGACGCAAGGCCUCUUUAAUGGUACGAUUUCAAACUGAUUACUUGUUAUAUAUAAAGGAAAAAUAACAACAAGGAACAAAAAAACAAACAAACAAAACAUGUAAUCCUUAAAAAAAGUGGAAGUCAAUCGAAAAAAGGUAAACUAACAUCGCUCCUCGUCUUAAAGAACCUUGUUCAAUUAGUUGGCUUUUUAAAAAAUGUGGGAGUGAUCCUGUGAUGACUGUUUACUUAUUGGUUUUCUAACGAAGAUAUCAAAAUUAUUUUUCUCUCUUACAAUUGAUGCAGACCGUUUGCACAGGAGUCUGGAUUCUAAACCGAUACUUUGCUGUGGCAGAGGUCACUUGGAUGACCAAUGAAGCGGUUUUUCUUCUGCGCUUGCUCAUUAGGGCUUUCGACAACGAAUCGUACUUCUGGUAUUAUUUCUUCUUUGGAUGGGGUCAGUAUAAAUAA